AUGGCUCCUCACGAUGUCGAGCGCGGGAGCAUUAGCAAGAUGAAGGAGGAGUCGCUCGCCCCCGGGAGUUCUUUUAGCAUGCGCGAACCCGAGUACGGUGAUAUUUCCCCGCCUUCAUAUUGGGACCGGUUCGUCGAUGGGUUUAGGCGGGAUCAGAGAUCGAGUUUGUUCACGAAUGAUCCGUUGGGGCAGCACGAGGGGUCCGGGAGAGUGCAUGAUGGAGCGCAUUACUACGAUAUCCAGAGUGCCAUGUUGGAGACGGCGAAUUCAGGCCUUGCGAGAGAGUUGAAAGGAAGACAUUUGCAAAUGAUUGCAAUCGGAGGCUCCAUCGGUACUGGGCUUUUUGUCGCAUCGGGAAGAGCUUUGGCAGAUGGAGGUCCAGCGUCGAUUUUGCUGGCUUUUACAAUUGUGGGCGCCAUGCUCUUUUGUACAUGCCAAGCGCUGGGUGAGCUUGCAGUCAUCUUCCCAAUUGCUGGAUCAUUCUCUUCGUGGGCGACUCGGUUUAUCGAUCCGUCUUGGGGAUUCGCAAUGGGGUGGAACUACGCGAUGCAAUGGCUCAUCGUGUUACCGCUCGAGAUCAUCGCCGCAUCCCUAACCCUCUCUUACUGGGACGAGAGUCUCACACGCGCCAUUUUCGUCUCUGUAUUCCUAGUCGUCAUCAUAGUCAUCAAUAUGUUUGGCGUCAAAGGCUACGGUGAAGCCGAAUUCAUCUUUUCCAUUAUCAAGGUCAUUGCUGUUAUAGGCUUUAUCCUUCUCGGCAUUGUUCUCAACUGUGGCGGAACGCCAGAUAGCGGAUACAUUGGUGGCCGUUAUUGGCAAAACCCUGGGGCUUUCAACAACGGUUUUAAAGGAAUGUGCAAUGUAUUUGUUACAGCAGCUUUCUCAUUUGCUGGCACUGAGCUUAUUGGCCUUGCUGCCGCUGAAACAGCGAAUCCGCGAAAAUCGCUGCCAACGGCUUUGAAGCAGGUGUUUUGGAGGAUCACGCUUUUCUAUAUCGUUGCCUUGACAUUGGUAGGACUGCUCGUUCCACACACUGACCCUCGGCUCGUGGGCGGUAACAGCGAUGCGGAUGCAUCAGCCUCACCUUUUGUCAUAGCCAUUGAAGAAGCCGGCAUUCAGGUCCUACCGUCUGUCAUGAACGCGGUCAUCCUUACUGCCGUCCUGUCCGUCGGUAACUCUGCCGUCUUCGGUUCCUCGCGUACCCUUGCUGCUCUUGCAAACCUUCGGCAGGCUCCCAAGAUCGUCGGUUACGUCGACCGCAAAGGCCGCCCACUCGUCGCCAUUGCGAUCGCAAGCGCGUUCGGCCUCAUCGCUUUCCUCGCAGACCUGCCCGAACAAGGAGCUGUCCUUGACUGGCUCAUGGCCAUCUCCGGCUUAUCAACCAUCUUUACAUGGGGCUCCAUUUGCGUGUGUCAUAUCCGUUUCCGCCGUGCGUGGGCUGCCCGAGGCCGCUCCGUCUCCGAGUUGCCCUUCCAAUCCCAGGUCGGCGUCGUGGGUUCUUGGGUUGGUAUCACACUGAACGUUCUUGUUAUCAUAGCGCAAUUCUGGGUCGGCGCCUUUCCCAUCGGCUGGCAACAAUUAACAAGCGCCCAGGUCGCGCAGAAUUUUUUUCAUAAAUGGGUUGGCGCACCCUGCGUUUUGGCCUUUUAUGUAUUCCACAAGCUUUAUUUCCGAACUACGUUUGUGAGAAUACGAGAUAUGGAUGUCGACACUGGACGUCGGGACUUUAACGUCCCUAUCCUUGUCGCCCAGGAACGAGAGGAGCGAGAAGGUUGGCCCAGAUGGAAGAGAUAUUACAAGUUCAUGUGCUGA